AUGGUCAAAGAUAUAGCGCCUAAAGCGGGCUUGCCGGCUAAUUUCCUGUGGGGUUUCGCCACAGCUGCAUACCAGAUUGAAGGCGGAGCCACCGCCGAUGGUCGAGGGCCUUCAAUCUGGGAUACCUUUACCAAGAUCCCUGGCAAAAUUGCUGGUGGUGCCACGGGUGAUGUCGCUUGUGACUCCUACCACCGCACCGACCAAGACAUUGAACUGCUGAAGAAACUCGGCGCCAAAGUCUACCGAUUUUCCAUUUCGUGGUCUCGAGUAAUUCCACUUGGUGGCCGAAAUGAUCCCGUCAACGAAAAGGGUCUCCAGUACUAUGUCAAAUUCGUCGACGACUUGCUCGAUGCCGGUAUUGUGCCUUUUGUCACCUUGUUCCACUGGGAUUUGCCUGAUGAGCUCGACAAGCGAUACGGUGGUUUCUUGAACAAGGAGGAAUUUGUGGCGGAUUUUGCAAACUAUGCCAAGGUCAUGUUCACCGCACUGCCCAAGGUCAAGGAUUGGAUCACAUUCAAUGAGCCAUUUUGUUCUGCAGUCUUGGGAUACAAUGUCGGACAAUUCGCCCCAGGACACACUAGCGAUCGAACAAAGAGUGACAUUGGCGACGGCAGCACCGAACCCUGGAUUGUCGGGCAUCACAUUCUCAUUGCCCAUGGUCAGGCAGUCAAGGUCUACCGUGAAGAGUUCAAGGAGGCUGCCGGUGGCCAGAUUGGCAUCACUUUGAACGGUGACUGGACAGAACCGUGGGAUCCCAAUUCGGAGGCGGAUCGUGAGGCUUGUGACCGCAAGAUUGAGUUCGCCAUCUCAUGGUUUGCCGACCCGGUGUACUUUGGCCACUAUCCAGAGUCCAUGGUCAAGCAGCUAGGAGACCGAUUACCUAGCUUCACCGAGGAAGAAAGCCAACUGGUCAAGGGAUCCAACGACUUCUAUGGCAUGAACCACUACUGCGCCAAUUACAUCAAGCACAAGGACACGGAGGCUGAUCCUCUGGACACGGCGGGCAACCUUGACGUGCUCAUGGAGGACAAGUAUGGUAACAGCAUUGGACCCGAGACUCAGAGCGGUUGGUUGAGGCCUCACGCGCCCGGGUUCCGGAAGCUGCUGAACUGGCUCAACAAACGUUACGGCAGUCCCAUCUUUUACGUGACGGAAAAUGGAACCAGUCUCAAAGGCGAGAAUGACCUGCCCAUGGAAGAGAUUCUCGAGGAUGAUUUCCGAGUCGAGUAUUUCCGCAGCUACAUCACCUCCAUGGCCGAGGCUGUGGCCGAGGAUGGAAUUGACGUCCGAGGAUACAUGGCAUGGUCCUUGAUGGACAACUUUGAGUGGGCCGAAGGCUACGAGACGAGAUUCGGGGUGACUUAUGUCGACUACGAGAAUGGGCAGAAGAGAUACCCAAAGAAGAGUGCGCUGGAGAUCAAGAACAUUUUCGACCAGUAUAUUGGCAAGGUGUAG